GGUGAAAGACCUCGCGCUUCCGAAACGAAGAAGCGGCUGCGUGAACGCACUGUACGCAAUAAUCUCCUUUUCCAAGUGCGAUUCGUGCCAAGGGCGAUAAAAGAUCGGCCAGUUAGUCGAGAACAGUAGACGCGAUUUCUCUCCGGGUUGAGUCACAAUGCGAGUGUGCGGGGCGCACCUUUGUGUCCGGCCGCUAAUAGCACCAUCGCCGAAUCUUCGCGGAUCCCUCGGAGCGAUCCUCAAUUAAGUCUCGUGUAAAUUACAUUACGUGAAUCCGAGAUCUGAAACGGAAAUCUCUAUGGUUUCGGAACGACAGUGCAAAACGGGCGUGAUGUUAAUUACACUGUCGAGACACAAUAGUAAUUAUCCAAGUAUAAUCGCGUAUUUAAUAUAAUUAUCGUUACACAUUUUACAUAAUAUGGAAGAUAAUCGUGUAGAUUUAAGGAUUUAAACUAACGUUUUUUUAAGUGCAUCUUAGAUCUUCAUUCGAACACCUCCAUUCAGACACUUCUUUCUCGUUUGAAUUACAUUAUUUGAUCAUCAAGUGUUCGACGUACUCAACAUCAACACAAACACAGAAUCAACUUUACUUGAGUUGGCUUUGUAUUUGUAUUGAUGUCGGUACGUUACGCGCGUCAUGUAUCAGCGUGUUAUCCUACUCUUUCCUUCGAUAGCCGUUUGCCGGCACGCAAACGGUGUGACACGGAUUUUCUUCUCAUUUUCACUUAGAAAGAAACGGGGCUCCGCCGAAGGGGGGAAAGAAGUCAUCGGGGAAUGCCGCGAGUAGAUUACGCGAACGUGCCGUGUCCUCCGUGUCAUCUCUAACGUGCGCAUCGGCACCGUCCAUCCGACGUCGCUCGACCUUGAAACGACCGGCGGGGACUCGAGAGAGGUUUCGCCUUGGGUAAUCGGUGCCGCGGACUCGAAAACUAGGCCUGUGCCCGCGGUGACGUCGCCGCGCCGCAUCGCGCCUUGAUGUACAGUGGUUUUUCAACCGGUCGGGCCGUGAGAUCGUAAAUGCAUGCUCCUCGAAUGCCGUUCUCGCAAAACUUGAGAUUAACUUGAAAUAGUAUGUUUCUAAAGACCGCGCCAAUCCGUCAAGCCUCGUUGGUUUUAACAGUUUAACUAGGAAUAGAUUCAGGUGACCCAGCAAGACUUUCAAAUAUAAAGAAAAAAUCUGGAGUACGAGAUUGUUAAUUGUCCCAAUUAAAACGAAUUGUAUAAUUUUCAUAUCGAUUAGCGAUGUUAAUGAGGUAAAGGCGAAUAGCCGUUGGUCUUUUUUCCAAAAGCUCCGUACGAAAAACGGUUGAAGAGCACUGAGGCCGACGACGCCGCCGUAGCCCGCGGAGGAGGCGGCGAGAGGGACAGAUAUGGAGGAGGAGAAGAAGGAGGAGGCGCGCGUUCGCGGUAACGAAACAAAUAGGCCGGCGACUUUCACCGCGCGACCAAGAGCGACUGUGUGGUGGCGGAGGCGCAGACCAGCUCACAGUCAGAUCCACAGUCUGAGAGGCAGCCAACCGUUCUUGGGGGCCCCGCGCGCGUGUAUCGUCGUCGCUCCUCCGUCGCGAGAUUCUUCGACGGGCCUGACGCGAGAUCGCGGAUGGUGAUCUCGCUUCUCGAGACCAAGCACGUGGUGCUCCGUAGCGCGAGUGCCUUAUACCUCCUGUCCGUUCUUGUCUUCCGCGCGGCCACGGUUGAUCGUCACAUCCGGGCCAGUCGAAAAACCAUUAGUGGCAUUUUUGCACCUGGUGUCUCGCGCGGUGAACUGUCUCUCUCUUCUCUCUCUCUCUCUCUCUCUCUCUCUCCUUCGACGGGACCGCCAGGUGAUAGCGAACGAUCCGCCGCGCUGCUCGUCACCUUCAGCUUCUCGAACCGGUCCGCGUUUUCGGUGAAUUCGAAAAUUCGUAUGUGCCGCGCGACUAGUACGUUCUCGUAUCGCCCGUUGAUCAACGAUAUCAACGGCAUGCGUCCGCGAAGACGCCGUUGACAAGAGAGGGAAAGAGAGAGGGAUUGUUGGAGGGCGCGAAAAGGAAGACGUUUUGCUUGGCAUGAGAGAAAUGCACGGGCGUGGACCAGGCGAGAGCGAGUGACACACGAUGACACGACGACGACCGCCGGCCCGCAGCAUCGCGCCGCUCUGCGCAAUCGCUUGGGCGUUCUGGAUCGUGUUCCCCGUUGAAACCGGAGCGGGUCCUAAUUAUGCGGACAAUAAACAGAGAUAUGAUGGCUUUUAUAAUAAUCUAGCUCAUCCUGAUUGGGGUGCAAUUGACAGUAAGCUAAUCCGAAAGGUCCCGGCGGCAUACUCCGAUGGUGUGUACGCCAUGGCCGGUCAAGACAGACCAUCCCCCCGGAAGCUCAGCGACCUGUUCAUGCAAGGCGACGACGGUCUGCCGUCGGUGAAAAAUCGUACCGCAUUGUUUGCCUUUUUCGGACAGCUGGUCACGUCGGAGAUAAUCAUGGCCAGCGAAAGUGGUUGCCCCAUAGAAUUUCAUCGGAUCGACGUGGACAAAUGCGAUCCGGUUUUCGACAAGGAGUGCCAAGGUAACAAGUACAUUCCGUUUCUGCGAGCGGAUUACGAUCGUCAGACCGGACGCAGUCCCAACAGCCCGCGGGAACAGAUAAAUAAAGUCACGAGCUGGAUCGAUGGCAGCUUCGUCUAUUCGAGCAGCGAGGCGUGGGCCAAUACAAUGCGCGCGUUCGAGAACGGCAGCCUUCUCAUGGAGCGAACGAGACAAUUUCCCGUGAGGAACACCAUGCGCGCGCCCCUCUUCAAUCACGCGGUGCCGCACGUUAUGCGAAUGCUCAGCCCGGAGCGCCUGUAUCUCCUCGGCGAUCCGAGAACGAAUCAGCACCCGCCGUUGCUGGCUCUGGGAAUCUUGUUCUAUCGGUACCACAAUGUCAUAGCGGCCCGCGUGCAGAGACAGCAUCCCGGUAUGUCCGAUGAAGAUGUUUUUCAGAAGACACGUCAGAUGGUCACCGGGACGAUUCAGAACAUAAUCCUUUAUGAGUAUCUUCCGGCAUUGCUAAAUGAGGAUCUGCCAUCGUACACCGGUUAUAAACCAGAUUUGCAUCCGGGAAUCAGUCACAUCUUCCAAAGUGCCGCUUUUCGUUUCGGUCACACUCUCAUACCGCCAGGUAUAUAUCGGCGAGACGAAAAUUGCAAAUACAGGAAGACCAAUACAGGCCAGCCAGCUAUGAGACUCUGCUCCACAUGGUGGGACUCGAACGAGAUUUUAGCUAACAGCACGAUCGAGGAGCUGAUCAUGGGCAUGGCGUCGCAGUUAGCGGAGAAGGAGGACAAUCUUCUCGGCACUGACAUCCGGAACAAUCUCUUCGGCCCCAUGGAGUUUUCGCGCCGAGAUCUCGGCGCCCUGAACAUCAUGCGUGGUCGCGACAACGGUCUUCCGGACUACAAUACGGCCAGGGCGCGCUUUAAGCUGGCGAAACGGAAAACUUGGAACGAGAUCAAUCCGGAAUUGUUCAACAAAAAUCCGUCGCUGCUACGCACCCUGAUUGAAAUUUACUCGAACAAUCUCAACAACGUCGACGUCUACGUUGGAGGGAUGCUCGAAUCCAAGGGCGGUCCAGGCGAGCUCUUCACCGCGGUCAUAAAAGAACAGUUUCUCCGUUUACGCGACUCCGAUAGAUUCUGGUUUGAGAACGAGGAGAACGGCAUUUUCACGCGAAAUGAGAUACAAGAAAUCCGUCGCGUUACGCUGUGGGAUGUGAUCACAAACGCAACUGACAUACCAUCCGACGCGAUCCAAAAACGAGUGUUUGUUUGGCAAGACGGCGAUCCAUGCCCUCAGCCUUUUCAAUUGAAUUCGACGAUGCUCGAAUCCUGCGUCCCCCUACAGCGUUACGACUACUUUGAGGGUAGCGAACUCGUCUACAUCUACGCGUGCGUGUUCCUUGGAUUCGUACCGAUCCUCUGUGCCGGUGCGGGGUACGGAUUAGUAAAAUUGCAGAACAAACGGCGGCGCAGAUUGAAAAUACUUCAAGAAGCAAUCCAGAAGCGAAGCGAAGGUCGCAUCUGCGUCGAUAAGAUGAUCGUACGCGAGUGGCUGCACGCGAACCACCGUCGUCUCGUAAAGGUGAAAUUUGGACCGGAAGCGGCGUUGCACAUCGUCGAUCGAAAGGGGGAGAAGCUACGUACAUUUGACUUUAGCGGCGUCAACACCAUAACUAUGGAGGAAUCGCAGGAGAGCGAAACCGGACAUCGUAAGGCCCUAGUGCUGUUACGUAUACCGCGCGAUUACGACCUUGUCCUUGAACUCGAUUCGUUGGCUUCGCGUAGAAAGUUCAUUGCGAAAUUGGAGGCGUUUCUGGCGUCGCAAAAAAAGCAUUUCACACUCACUCCAAUUGCGCGGGAUAUUAUGCUGGCAAAAGCGGAAACCAAGGAGCGCCGGCAAAAGAAGCUCGAACAGUUCUUCAGAGAAGCAUAUGCGUUAACUUUCGGUUUGCGGCCUGGUGAACGAAGGCGACGAUCCGACGACAGUGACACCGGGGAGGUCGUCACGGUAAUGCGCACAUCCCUCUCCAAGAGCGAAUUCGCGAGUGCUCUCGGUAUGCGGCCCGACGCGGUCUUCGUGAAGAAAAUGUUCAAUAUCGUCGACAAGGACGGCGACGGCCGAAUCUCUUUCCAGGAAUUCUUGGACACGGUCUUGCUGUUCUCGCGUGGCAAAACCGAGGACAAGCUGCGCAUCAUCUUUGACAUGUGCGAUAAGGACAGCAACGGCGUGAUCGACAAGGAAGAAUUGUCGGAGAUGUUGAGGUCGCUCGUGGAAAUAGCACGUACCACGAGUCUCUCGGACGAUCACGUCACAGAACUGAUCGACGGCAUGUUCCAGGACGCCGGACUCGAGAGGAAGGACUAUCUCACGUACAACGACUUUAAAUUAAUGAUGAAGGAAUACAAGGGUGAUUUCGUCGCGAUCGGUCUUGAUUGCAAAGGCGCGAAGCAGAACUUUCUCGACACGUCGACGAAUGUCGCUCGCAUGACCAGCUUUCACAUCGAUCAAUUGCCACCGGAGGAUUCGAAGAGCUGGACGCGUAAGCAGUGGGACGCCAUAUCGACCUACCUCGAAGAGAACAGACAGAACAUAUUCUACCUCUUCGUAUUUUAUGUGGUCACCAUAGCUCUCUUCGUUGAGAGAUUUAUUCAUUAUUCUUUUAUGGCGGAACAUACGGAUCUCAGGCACAUAAUGGGCGUGGGAAUCGCCAUAACCAGAGGCUCGGCAGCCGCACUGUCCUUUUGCUACAGUCUCCUGCUAUUAACGAUGUCGCGUAAUCUGUUGACGAAGCUGAAGGAAUUCUCGAUCCAGCAGUACAUCCCGCUAGACUCGCACAUACAAUUCCACAAGAUCGCAGCAUGUACGGCACUUUUUUUUUCUGUGCUGCAUACGGUCGGUCACAUAGUCAACUUUUAUCACGUUUCUACGCAGCCAAUAGCGCAUCUUCGCUGCCUCACUAGUGAAAUCAGCUUUCCCAGCGACGCGCGGCCUACUAUCUCCUUUUGGUUAUUCAGAACGGUGACCGGUUUAACCGGUAUUCUUCUCUUCGUCAUCAUGACGAUCAUUUUCGUCUUCGCACAUCCGACCAUACGGCAGAAAGCGUACAAGUUCUUCUGGUCGACUCAUAGUCUCUACGUAGUUCUAUACGCAUUAUGCCUGAUUCACGGUUUGGCACGUUUGACAGGCUCACCGCGAUUCUGGAUAUUCUUCGUCGGCCCGGCAAUUAUUUACGCACUAGACAAAGUCGUCAGCCUGCGAACUAAGUACAUGGCCUUGGAUAUCAUCGAGACCGAAUUGCUUCCCUCCGACGUUAUAAAGAUUAAAUUCUACAGGCCUCCGAACUUAAAGUAUCUGUCAGGUCAGUGGGUGCGUCUCGCCUGCACCGCCUUCAGGUCCAACGAGUUUCAUUCCUUCACGCUGACCUCGGCGCCGCACGAGAAUUUUCUGUCGUGUCAUAUAAAAGCUCAGGGACCGUGGACGUGGAAGCUCCGGAAUUACUUCGAUCCCUGCAAUUACAAUCCGGAGGACGAUCGUCCGAAGAUUCGUAUAGAGGGUCCGUUCGGUGGAGGAAAUCAGGAUUGGUAUAAGUUCGAGGUCGCGGUGAUGGUCGGGGGAGGCAUUGGGGUGACUCCCUACGCCUCCAUGCUCAAUGAUCUUGUGUUUGGAACGUCUACCAAUAGAUAUUCGGGUGUCGCGUGUAAGAAGGUCUAUUUUUUAUGGAUUUGCCCGUCGCACAAGCAUUUCGAAUGGUUUAUAGAUGUUCUCAGGGACGUUGAGAGAAAAGAUGUUACGGAUGUACUUGAAAUUCACAUAUUUAUCACGCAAUUCUUUCAUAAGUUUGAUUUACGUACUACUAUGCUGUACAUAUGUGAGAACCACUUUCAGAGGCUAUCGAAGAAGAGUAUAUUUACCGGACUGAAGGCCAUCAACCACUUCGGUCGGCCGGACAUGACGUCGUUUUUGAAAUUUGUUCAGAAGAAACACAGCUACGUUAGUAAAAUAGGAGUAUUCAGCUGUGGACCGCGUCCUCUGACGAAAAGCGUCAUGUCGGCCUGCGAUGAAGUCAACAAAACGCGGCGCCUGCCGUACUUCAUUCAUCACUUCGAAAACUUCGGCUAGUCGGACACGCUGUUCUCCGUUUGCAUGAGAUAAUGGACUGUCAAUUUGUUUGACAAUCUUUCAUCGUGAAUCUCAAUGAUUUACUGUAGAAUGUAUAUAUUUACUGCUUUUUACUAUUAUUUAUUAACUAUCAUGAGUAUUACAUUUCUUAUUUAUGAACACAAAAAA